ACAGAGACUCAGAAAGACAAUGGGAGGAGAUUUGUGUGCAGGAAUAAGAGGUGGUAGCUCAUGGAAACGCUUCAACGAUGCCGUAUCAAAAAGCUUCAUCGGAAGGUACUUCAAGUUAGAAGCUAGAAAGACCUGUUUCACACAAGAACUUCGUGCCGCAACCGCCACCUUCGUCACCAUGGCCUACAUCAUCUCCGUCAACGCCACCAUCCUCACCGCCUCCGGCGGAACCUGCUCCGUCGCAGACUGCUCCCCUCCAGCCACCUCAGACUGCGUCCUCCUGCCAAACGUCGGCUACCAAACCUGCCUUUCCCAGACCAAAAAUGAUUUCGUUGUGGCCACUAUUUUAUCAGCCAUGAUUGGGUCCAUGGCUAUGGGAGUCUUAGCCAACUUGCCUUUCGGCUUGGCUCCAGGUAUGGGACCCAACGCUUAUGUUGCUUUUAACUUAGUGGGCUUUCACGGAACGGGACCGUUAUCCUACAAAACGGUGUUAGCCGGCGUUUGUGUUGAGGGAUGUUCGUUUCUGUUAGCUUCGGCUCUCGGCUUGAGAGGGAAGCUGGCUAAGCUCAUACCCCAUUCGAUUCGGCUCGCUUGUGGGGUUGGGAUUGGGCUUUUCAUCGCCUUCGUGGGCUUGCAGGCCAACCAAGGUGUUGGGCUUGUUGGGCCGGAUCCGUCUACUUUAGUGACUGUCACAGCUUGUGCCAGCACAAACCCAGAUACGGGGGAAUGCAUGGGAGGGAAGAUGCAAAACCCAAAAUUCUGGCUUGGGCUUGUUGGGUUUCUUAUUACGAGUUUUGGGUUAAUGAAGAAUGUCAAGGGUAGCAUGAUUUAUGGUAUUUUGUUUGUGACUUUUGUUUCAUGGUUUAGGGGUACUAAACUGUCAUAUUUUCCUAAUACUCAACUGGGUGAUGAGAAUUACAAUUAUUUCAAGAAAGUGGUUGAUUUUCAUAGGAUUGAAUCCACAUUAGGAGUUCUCAGCUUCAAUGGUUUUCAUAGAAGUGAAGUUUGGGUGGCCAUAGCCACACUGUUCUAUGUGGACGUGCUUGCCAGCACAGGAACUAUAUACACCAUGGCAGAACUUGGGGGCUUUGUAGAUGAUGGUGGACACUUUGAAGGUGAAUACUUUGCUUACUUGGUUGAUGGGGCUGGAACCAUUGUGAAUUCUGCUUUGGGUGUUACAACCAUGGCAACAUUUGUUGAAUCGUCGGCCGGAAUGAGAGAAGGAGGCCGAACCGGGUUAACGGCUGUGAUCAUUGGUUUGUUCUUUUUCAUUUCACUGUUUUUCACUCCUCUGUUGUCCAGUGUUCCUCCGUGGGCUAUAGGACCUUCAUUGGUCAUGGUUGGAGUGAUGAUGAUGAAGAUGGUGAAGGAGAUAGAUUGGAGCAAUACAAAAGAGGCGGUCCCUGCUUUUGCCACAAUGCUCCUGAUGCCUCUUACUUAUUCUAUAGCAAAUGGGAUAAUUGCUGGGAUUGGGCUCUAUAUUGCUCUUGGUCUGUAUGAUUAUGCUGUUUGUGCAAUAAGGUGGUUGAUGAAGAUGAGAAAAAUGGUGGUGGAGGAACACAACCAAGUGUCUGCAACAAAUAUUGCAGAUUCAGCAGUUGAAAUCAUAUGAUGUUUUAGUGUGGGAUUUUGUCAUUUGUUAGUUGUGACAAUAGGGAACAACCUGCCAUUGAGGCAUACAUGUAAUCUUCAUAGUUUAAUCCUAUAUUUAGCAUUAAUACACAUAA